AUGAUACUGCUUGUUGUACCCACAGUAAGAGCAGAGGUCGGUCGUGUUGAACACGACAAAGGAUCGUCCGAGGAUGGGGGUGUUGUAAGCACCGGAGCUUACCACGACCAGGCCGUGGGACAAACGCCAAAGCCUCUCGAUGUAGGGAAAGAUAUCACGGGAUCUCAGUCGAAGAGAGUUGCCAUCAUUGGAGGAGGUAUCGGCGGUAUAUCCACCGCACAUUUUCUAAUAAACGACAACAACCGACCAAAUCUCACACAAAUAACCAUCUUCGAAAAAAAGCCCCAAUUUGGAGGACGAAUUCAUUUCACACGAAUUUACGACCACGGCACUACCGUGAACACUGCCAGCCACACUUUUGACGCGGACGACACUCUGAUCGAGGAGAUGACCAAUGUCACAAGCAUAGAACUCCAAAAGUGGCCGCAUGAUGGCUGGAAUACAGAAUCGAGGAGCUUUUUGCAUUGGAUGAAUAAAGUUAUAAGAGGGAAGGCUGCUGGUUGUUCGACUGAGGAGCAGAGUGGCAUAACGUGGAUGGAGCUAGCAAGACUUUUGCGACGGAAUGUGGCUGAUUUUUCUUUUUGGAGAAAAUAUCUGGGAUAUGUCCGCCUCGCAUUUAUGGAAAAUGCCGGGUUGAAUCGCUGGGAAAGACGAAUAGACGACUGCGGAAAACGCACCAAUCCUCUUCUGCUGGCCGGAUCUCAAGCAGCAGCCGGCCAGGGCGUGGAGUUGAGAAGCCGAAUCGCACUCUCCGAUGAAUUAAACGGCAACCCCCAGAAACAACUUCAAUGGAAUCAGCAUGAUCGAAUAUUCACUGGUUUACUUGGUGAUCUAUACGAUAAUGAACAGGUUACUAUGCACCUCGAUUCUGCGGUGACUCGAGUGACGAGUUACGGCAAUAGGACAUUUGGAGUAUAUUGGGCUCAGACUAGAGACGAUGGGACUCAAAAAUUGCAUACGGAACAGUUCGACAAUGUGAUUAUCGCGACACCUUUUCACCAAGCAGAGCUUGAGAUUGAACCUCCUCUUCCCUUGGAACCUGAGAAGAUCACGUACGCGCCAGUUCACGUUACGAGCCUUAUUUCACAAUCACUGCCCGAAAGUCUUCUCCUCCAGUCCCACGGAGAACGAUGGAGAACGACAGCUGCAUUUCUAUGGCCUGCAUAUUUCCGCCAUCGUAACCCCGGUUUGAACACAACGAGUAUCCCUCUUAUCUCCGUCGCCCGUGAACGAACCGUGUGCUAUGACUAUGACUCAAGACCGCACGAUCUCACGAGAGUGAUAUCGGCAGACUUAUUCUCGGACGAUGACAUUGCUGCUUUGUUCCACGAGGCCCACGAGAAUGUCACAUUCCCUCGUCAAUCGUGCUUUGUACCCCAACAAGCACAGCCUGACUUAGUACACCCGAAAUAUCAUAAGAUCAGAGAUGAAUUUGCGUUGGAGAACGGGGCCGUAAAUAGGUCCUCUAGAUGUGUGGAACGGCCAACGAUAGCUUGGAUUCAUCGAGAUUACUGGCCGAAUGGCUUGCCUGUCAUCACGCAAGGUGGAAAGCACGGUAAUCAUGGUGAAUGGAGGGAGUUGGUUCCGGGAAUGUUCUAUGUCAAUGGAUUUGAAGGGCGGGAGGGGGCGUCUGUAUCGAAUAGUAUUGCGAGUGGAAGGAAAGUCAAGGAUAUGCUGGUUGCGAGGUAUGCAGCUGGGUAG